GACAGGCUCUUCUUUUUAGGAUGGAAAAGGGGAAAAAUGUUGAAAUUUGAUUAGUUCCACCGAAAAGAAUACCAUUUCUCCUCCUCAUAUCUUUUUAACUAUUAGCUGCACUUGUAAUUUGUUCAUCCAAAACCCUUUAUCCAUGUCACCUUUAUCAGCUGCUCUCUUCAUCAGCAUUCUGUUCUUGCUUCCUCAACUCCAUAAAGUUUGUGCUGCCAGCCAUGCUGCUGGCCGCACCAUACCGACCCUCGGUACAUGUAACAACACUUGUGGUACAAUCCCGGUUAUGUUUCCCUUUGGCACUGGAUUUGGGUGUGGCCACCCUUACUUUGCUAGAUAUGUAAAAUGCAAUGCUGGUACUCUACAGUUCUCAACUGGCACUGGCAUUUACACUGUUUCUUCCAUCGACUACCCAACCAGCACUAUUGUUGUUGCAGAUCCUUUCAUGUCAACUUGCUCUUCAAUGCAGAAUUCUGGAAGUUUUAGCUUGGAUCGAACGAGCCCGUUCACACUAACAGGUUCCAAUAUCUUUGUCCUGCUUGGUUGCUCAACUACAUCUCCAGUGUUUGAUCCAAGUGAGGAUUUGUGUGAUACCGGAUCAGGUUCUCGUGUUUGCAGCGGUUUGUAUUCUUGCAAAGGGGUAACUGGAAUUGGGUUGCCACAAAAUGCACCUACAUCUACCUGUUGUGUUUAUGACUCCUUGAUGGGAAUACGAUCAGGCUAUUCUUUGGAUCUCCCAAAACUUCAGUGCUCAUCGUACACAUCGAUAUACGAGUUUGGAGAUGAAGGGGAUCCCAUGAAAUGGAAAUUUGGGAUUUCUUUGCUGUAUAAUGAUUCAUACUACACUCCUGCAUGCAAGGACUGUGAAACCAGUGGAGGCUUGUGUGGCUUUUCUGUUCUGGAUGAGUCAUUCUCUUGCAUUUGCCGAGAUGGUGUGAACACUACCACAAAUUGCUUUGGCCAUGGGUACACCUGGAGUGGGGCAUGGGAACCCAAAAUUCAAACCAAGACUAGUAUUGGAGUGUUUUUGCUGUGGUGGAUUUAUCUUCUAGUUUGAUGACGAAAUGACUUCAAAAUGAAAGUGUGCGGUGGUCUAAGAAGAUCAUGUGAUGUUACAUGCAAAUCUUACCUCAAAUAUCUCAUGUAAUUUAAGGGGGUCCAAAAUUCGUGAAUAUUCUUGCCAUAAAUGUAAGAUCAAGUUUGGUUAUUUGGAUCAUAUGUAUGCAGUGAUGCACAUUUCACUUGUUUUUUUGCUGACAAUGGAAUUUGCUUAAAAAAAGGGUAAUUUGAAAUAGCCAUAAAUACUUAUGCUUAAAUGAAAGCGAAAA